GCGCGAGAGACGGUUGUUGUUUGCGGAUUUCACCCGGAUGGAGGGCGACCGGCGGAGACGAUCAACCGUGGGCCGAAGUUCAGCUCGCUCGGGUCAGCGGCCGGAUCCCCGGACGGACGGAUCUCCGCUCCUCCCGCCCGUCAGUGAGCGCCUGGCCUUCCUCCGCCCUUCCCGGGAGCUGCUGGAGUAUUACCGGCUGAAGAUCGCAGAGUUUGAUGAGGAACACGAGAGACUCCUGAAAAGGCUGGAGAACUACAGAGCGACCUAUGAAGAGCAGCAUAAACUCCAAUGGGAGAUGAGGCAGAGGGAAGAGGAAAUUGAGGAGUUACAGAAAGCGCUCAGCGACAUGCAGGUUUAUCUCUUUCAGGAACGUGAGCACGCACUGAGACUGUAUGCUGAAAAUGACCGGCUGAAGAUCAGGGAGUUAGAAGAUCGGAAAAAGAUUCAACAUCUCUUGGCCCUGGUGGGCCCUGAAGCAGAAGCAACCACUUACUUUCACAAAGAGCCACCACACAAGGUCACUGUUCCCCAACGAACUGUGCAGCAUGGAUGCACUGAAACCAGAUCUUCAAAGAAUGGUCAUAAGAAAAUAGCAUCAAAAGUGACCAGAGGUUUGAGUCCUACUGCCCCAGAAAACUACCAGAAAGAUAAUCAAACUCUGCUACUCCAGGUUGAAGCCUUGCAGUCCCAGUUGCAGGAGCAAACAGAAUUGGCGAAAGAUCAAAUUGAUGCGUUGUUGGAAGAUCGAAGGAUUCAUACGGAGGAGGCACAUGUGCAGCAUGAACGGGAUAAAGACAAAAUCAAAUCUCUGACAGACAAACUGCACAAGACUCAGAAUCUACUUUAUGAGAGUACCAGAGACUUCCUGCAGCUGAAAUUUGAGGGUCGAGAUGCUGAAAAAGUGUGGAUGGCUGAGAAGGAUCAUCUGUUGCAGGAGCUGGACAGGCACAGUGAGCUGAGAAAUAGAGGCUGCGACCCUGAGAUGCAAUUGCUUCAAGAGUCACCUAUGGAACAUGAGAUACAACGGAUACAAAGUGAGGAAAUAAAGGCACUGGAGGAACAAGUAAACCAAGCGCAUCGAUUGGCAGACAUGUAUAGGGAGCAGUGUGUGACACUGGAGAAUGACUUGGCACAGAUUCGGGAAGAAGGGGACAUAGGGCGCCAGCUGUUUAAGGAACGUUCUGAUAAAACAGUGAAGCGGCUUCAACUAAUGACACAGCGAUAUGAGGCACUAGAAAAGCGACGAGGGAUGGAAGUGGAAGGCUUUAAAAAUGACAUCAAGCUGCUGCGGCAGCGGCUGAAGGAUGUGGAGAAGCAGCUAUUCAAGGUAACGCUUGGAAUCGGGCCUGACCAAGAUCUUGCUAUCCUUCAUGAGGUGCGUCAAACAAACAGUCAGUCAAGGAAGAUCCAAGGAGAACUCAAGAAUCUGAAGGCGAAAAUUUAUGGCUUAGAAAAUCAAUUGCGAUUUGGCUAACAUUUUCUCGUGGAGUGGUCACCACAUUUUCAGUAUCUGGUAUGGCUGCGUCAGUAGCACUAAUGCUAAAGCGACAAAGUGAUUUGAACAUUGCAUCCCGGCCAUCGGACAUGGUUUAUUUAAAACCAAAUGUUAUGAUGGGCUUGUGUCAACUUUGCAGAGAGGAACAGAACAAGUUGAGAAAAAAUAUCUUUGAGCAACCCCUUUAUAUUCCUGUAGACAUGAAAUAUGAAUGGUUCACAAAUUUGAUCAAAUGUUCAGUCAAACUUCAUCGAUUUCACUUUCCCAGAAAUUAGUUCUUUUAUUUCCCGUUUUUUUCAAAAGUAAGUGGGGUGAAGGAAGCCAUUUCCAAGGGCACACUGAACAGUCUGACCCAUGAAGUUGUACAGUCAAAAUCGGUAUUUUGUGUGAUGACUGUUUUAAUUUUUGUAUAAUUUGAGAUUUCAUUGGUUUGCUUGAUGAUGUCACCGGGAAAAGCUUUGCAUGAAUUAUUGAGCCAGAUCAGAAAUGCCAGCUUGGUCCAAACCAAGUGUGCUACAGAAGCUAUUUUCAGAAACCUGGGGUUGGA